AUGUUAUCGACUUAUUCUACAGAUUACGCCGAAAGCUUCAAAGAAAACAGAAGAUAUAUGGGAUAUGCACCAGAAGGUGAGGAAGAAGAUGAUCAACCUUCAUCAAGAAAAGGAAGCGAAUUCCGUUCCCAACUUGAUGCCGAAUUCCAGAAAGCUCUUCUACAUCAAGCUCAAAUGAACAUUACUAUGGGUAACCGUCCAUCUAUCGAUGAUAUAAGGAUUGAUGAUAUAGUUCAAGCAAAUCAGGUUAUGAAAAACGUUUCACAGCAGAAAGUUGAAAAACCACCUGCUAAAGUUGAAAAGCCACCAGCUACUAAACAAGCAGCUCCUGCCGCUAAACCUCCAGCUGCUAAGCCUCCUGUUAUGAAAUCAGAGGCAGGCACAAAUACAGAAGGAAGACUUCCUCCUAUUUCGAAAGAGGACCUAGUAUUUAGGGAAAAUAAACCUGCUUUACCAAAGAAACAAGAAAAUGCAAAUCCUCCUCAAAAUAAACAAGAACCAGCUCCUGCUCCUGUAAAGAAGCAAGAUACUACUCCUGCUCCUCAAAAUAAACAAGAGACUGUUCAAUCUCCUGUUAAGAAACAAGAAUCUACAACAACAACUCCAAAAACUCAAGGAAAUAUAACUACUACUACUACAAAAUCGCAAGGAAAUAUAGCGACUACAGCAAAAACUCAAGAAAAUAAGACUACUACAAAGAUAAAUAAAGAAAAAAUUUUGGUUGAAGAUGAUGAUACAAGACUUCGUAACUUUAUUGAAAUUAUGGGUUUAAAUGCGGAUGAUGUGAACAAGACAUCAUAG